AUGAGCUCAUACCGAAAAGUUGAUGAUAUAUCGGAAAAUACAACGUUCGAUAUCAAAACCUACGCCUCCGUUUGUUUUGGAAUCUUUUUUAUUGUCUACUUCAUCUGGUGGCUGAUUGUAUUCAUAAAAUCUCGAAAAAUUCACAAAAUCACAAAAUUCCCAAAACAACCGGAAUGGCUACUCAGGAAUACUGUAGACGCAUUCGAUAAGGAUGAGCAACAAUAUUUCACAAUCUACGUGUCAAGUCAAAGAAGGUCAUGGAUUAGAUACCCAAGGAGCUUGAAAUACGAGUCAAAAAAUACAUUGAAAAAAAUGAGGAAAUUAUUGGAAAAGCAUUUUCAAGCAAACGUCGAUGUUCCGGAUACAACUCAUCUGUUUUCGAUUCCAAUGAAAAAUUUCAAAAGCGGAGAACUUUUUGGAACUUUCGAUUCGAUUCACGGAGGACCACCCGACAGCUUUUAUGAGUAUCAAUUGAUUGGAGAUGAUCGUAUUCAAGUGGCUUAUUUUGUUGUGAAUGAGGUCAGAUAUGUGGCUGGAAUAUGCAUUUAUUUUUUGGACCCUUAUCAGCACUGGAGCCGAUAUAGGGAAACUAUGCUUCGGAAACUUUUGAAGUCUCCAGUAUAUUGGAAUAAGUAUAACUUGAAAGAGGAUCAAAUGGAAGUGAUGGAUAGUGGAACUCUUCGAACCACCAACCGAUAUGGGGAAGUUAAAAGUUUUCGAUUUAAUGGGAAAACAAGGAAAUUGGAAAUCGAGGAGCCUCGAGAAGUAUGUCGGGAAGUGAUAAGCUACCAAGAUCUCGACGAGCUUCAAAUAUCAAUUUGCAAGACAAAAAAUCAUUUGGUAACCAUAUCUGAGAAACAUGGAAUACGGCUACAUGCUUAUUGGGAUCACAACAGGAUACAUUAUUUUAAGUGCCCUAGUUGUGCAGAACCGGAUGAUGAUUUACCACCGUCUUAUCAAUGGAUACAGGAUAAUCAGAAGAUGAAGAAUUUUAAAUCUUGA